GCGUUUAACAAUCCGGUCAACGACGGCAGCGGCGGUCCUACCACCGGUGCGCACCUGUUCCUAAUCUCCAUCAAGGCGGGAGGUAUAGGGAUUAACCUAGUGAGUGCCAACCGGGUGAUAGUACUGGAUGUCGAGUGGAACCCUGUGCAUGCAGCCCAGGCUGUAUGCCGGGUGUACCGGUUUGGCCAGACGAAGAAGGUGUAUGUGUAUCGCAUGUUUGCGAGCAAUACCAUGGAGGAGGUGGUUUAUGAACGAGAGGUCCUCAAGCGCGGGCUGUCGACCAAUGUCGUGGAUUCCCAGGAUGUCAGAGCGAAUGUCGGGAGAGAGCGGAGUCAGAAUCUGUUUGGGCACCGGCCCGAAACGCCGUACAACGCCAGUGAAGUGGUCGCUGGCGACGAUCACCUGCUCACGUCACUGUACCGGACAGAUGCGCAUCUGUUUGCCGCACCCCCGCGUGACCACAAGACCUUUCUAGACUCGGUGAGUACCGAACUUUCGGCGGAGGAGGAGAAACGGGCCAAGCAGGAGUAUCAGCGACAGGUGCGCAUGUCGGCGGAGGAGGAGAAACGGGCCAAGCAGGAGUAUCAGCGACAGGUGCGCAUGUCGGCGGAGGCGGAGAGCUAUGCGGCCCAAGCGAGGCUGUAUGGUACGACGAAUGCGUACGGGCACUUUGUGCUGCCCGAGGGUGGGAUGGGUGUGCCUGGGAACGGGAAUGGGGGAUAUACUGGUGGUUUUGGUGCUGGUGCUGGCGUUGGUGUUGGUGUUGCGGAUAAGAAGCCUAAUAUAAUCGCGGACAGGGGCAUUUCAAGUACACAGGGUCUUGGAGGGGUUCUCUCAGGGACAUCGCGUGCGCCUCUACCAGUUCCACUACAAGGACGGGGGGUGUACAAGAACGAGUUGACAGAACAGUUUAUUGCUGCCAAAAAUAUGCAGCUGAAUGCUGCUAGCGAGCACUGGGCACGACGUAACGGGGUGAAGACCACGGAAGUACCUAUGCCAGCUGUCAAACGACAGGUGCACCCUCUGGAAAACGGUGCAAAUAUUUCACAUACACAAGUACAUGGAUCUAAUUCUGGGAGGAAGGGGGAUAAGCGAGAUAUCGAAUUUAUUGAUAUUGGUUGAUAGCAUGUUUUUGAGUACUCGUUAAUUCAAUGAAUUACCGGUACACGGCACAACUGUCGUAUGUUUGGACAAGCAUCUGGUUCUGAAUAUGUCUACUGAUGCAGUCGAGGUGGGGUGGAUAAUAGAGGAAACGAGCAAAGAAUCUGACAUGAGCGUAAGAUCGAGUUUGUUGACGUAUGUUGAACACAUAUGAGUGAACUUGUUCAUUGACCGGAAACCGAGUACUGCGCACCUGGCAUAGAGCUGAUCGUACCGCAUUUAGCCUUUGUAAGGGGCGGGAAAUCUCGUUCCCGGACGAUCUGAUCGCAUUCACAACCCCGCGAGUCCGCAACCAUGGGGAUAUGCUAAGUGAAUGCGGAUGCAGGUUAUGCAUCGCCUUUUGAUGUAAAUGUGAAGCUUUCGUACCAGUUCAGCAACUGCCACGCUGAUAGAGCCUCCUUGCCAUCUGGUAGUGGUUCAUUGACGAAAGGUCCGCAGUAUGUAUUUAACGUACAAUAAGCACUGUCAAAUAAAAAUAUCAUUCCU